AUGCCAAGAUUCUUGCAUCAUGACGCACCUCCGUCGACCUCUUGGCAUGACGACGAGACUGAGACGACAUUCCAUGCAUCUCCAGCUACACAUGCACAUCGUGGACGUGCUGAGACAGCUCCCACACCACAAUUAGGACAGGAAACGGGUCAUACUAUUCCAGUACCGAAUGCUCGUGUCUCAAGCUUUUCACGGCACUUUUUUGACCGUGCCAAUGGUCGUUCAUCGUCUUCUUCAUCGUCAUCUUCAUGUGAUGGCGAUGAGCUGGAUCUUGCAGGAAAUAUCAUAACAUCCACAAGUUUUUUUCGACCACGGACAAUGGACGGAUAUACGCGUUAUCUGGAAGCUGCCUUUAUGGACGGAUAUUUAGAAAAACAGAGCUCGGAAGAUGCAAAAUUAUGGAAAAAAAGAUGGUUUGUCAUGCAAGAUAGUAAACUUUUUUACUACAAGACCCAGAGUGAUGUAACAGAGCAGAAAUCUACGGAUGAAACGUGUUGUGGCGUCAUUUCAAUGGAAAAUAUCGACUCGGUGACGACAGCGAAAGACUUUGGCGUUGCUGCUUUCCAGAUUCGCAUGGAAAGUCGACGUUAUGUUUUACGUGCCGAGUCAAAAGACAGGAUGCACGAGUGGCUCUUUAAUUUUCAGAAAUCCAUUGCGAGUAUCGUGUCAGCUUUGUCACGAACACAGGCGGAAUGUCGGCCGAACAGGCUUUGCAAUAGUUUAUCUCGAAGAGUACGUGCAUUUCUUUAUCGACUACUUUAUCGGACCCUGAUGGAAGUAACGUGCAAUUUAAUCAUUCUGAAUGAAUCUGUCUGUAUUAUUGUGUGGGUGAUUUUACAGCAGAGCAUGCCCCGCGUGAAUCGCAGUGUCUCGUUCGACCGCCAAGACUACAUGGACCAAUUUCCGAUUGCAGCCUCCGUUGAUGAUUUGUAUCGCGGCCGCGCGCGUGGUGGGUUUUAUGCGUCGACGAGCUUUUCAGAUGACUCGGCAGGUGGCGAUGGAUCUUCGUCUUCACGAACUAGCCCCCGGCAGUGCACUAGUCCGUUAGCAUUUGGUGGAUUUGGACCGCGGAGUCCACUGAUGUUUGCUUUGGAUCCGAUGGAUGACGUACCCGAGCACCACACUUCCCUGAUGGGGCGAAGCUCAUUUGUUGAAUCGAAAGAGGAGAGCACCGAUCACGGUGCACUCCUGCAUUUAGGUGGCCGACAGGAAGAUGGAGAGAGUAAAGUUACCGAUAGAACUACGGAACCGCCGCCGGUGGUGCCAACAUCUUCAUCGCCGGUUGCAUCAGGCAAGUACAUUCCUAGAUAUCUUCGAAAUCGCAGUGUUGCAGAGCCGAUUGCACCACCAUCUAUGCCUGUCGAUUUGUCUCCCCCGCCGGAGCCGAUACACGUUCCAACUGCUAGUCGUUGGGUGCCUCGCCACCAAAGAGAAGGAUUUGCUGAGAUGCAGCCCAUCGAAUCAUUUUCCAUCAACUCUCGAGACUCUUUUCAUGAAACUUUCAACGAAGACAGCUCGAGCUAUUCUGCUGGCGAUGAUGUUCAUGGAGUGACAUCGCUGCUAGGGGUACGGUCAGCAAUGGAGGAUGUUUGUUGUUGCAUCCCAGACCUCAACGCGCAAUUGAAAUACGACCAACGUCAUCAGCAAAAGCAAUCGUUUUACGCUUUGUUUGAUGGCCACAGUGGCGUUAGGGCUGCGACAUUUUCUAACCAACGACUAGUGCCUUAUUUGACUUCACAUGAGUCCUUUAUGGCUGACACACGUCUGGCCUUUGAGGAAUGCUUUGCGCGAAUUGACAAGGAGUUUUUACAAAAGGCCGAGGAGGAGAGUCUGGAUGAUGGCACUACAGCAGCGGUCGUGUUGAUUCGAGGAAAUCGGUUGAUUACUGCGAAUAUAGGAGACAGCAGAGCGGUUGUGAGCAUUAGAGGUCAGGCACUGGAUAUUAUUGAAGAACAGACACCUGGACGUGCAGAUGAGCGAAAGAGGAUCGAAAAUCAAGGAGGCUGGGUGAAUGAGGAGCGUGAGCUACAGUUGUCCAAACUGCACUCAAUGGAUUUGAGUGACCCAGAAAUCCAGCAGAAAGCUGAACGGGUAGUGAAAUGGGUAACUAUCUACCGAGUGAAUGGUGAGCUGGCUGUCUCUCGCGCCAUUGGCGACUGUGACUAUAAGGGUAAGGCAUUAUCGAAAUACGAAUACUGGGCGUUUCCUGAGGGACAUGACCGCGCGUUUCAUGGUGAUUUGGUCAUAUCGGUUCCAGAGUGUCAGGAAAUCGAGAUCACACCUGAAUUUGAUUUCCUCAUCCUCGCGUGUGACGGGCUGUGGGACACAAUUAGGAGCAAGGAGGCUGUGAAGUUUGUCGCCGACAGGUUGAAUGAAGGUUAUUCGGCAACACAAGCAAGCCAGUCGCUGGCAAACUUGGCAAUUCGAUCCGGCUCGUCCGACAAUGUGUCCGUUGUUAUUGUACUACUCAACACGGAACAAGCGCCCAACUCCAUAGAUCCAUUCUCAAGGCAGUGA